UUCCCCUAGUUAUAAUUUUUGUGUCGACUAUCUAUCUCAGUCGCUUCUUUCCCUAAACCAAACCCUCGAUCUCGGGAUCCAUGGCGCGAGCCCCGAAGCCCCAGGUCUCUUCCGACGAAGCCCUAUCCAAUUCCGAGGAGGAGGAGCCGAUCAACGACGAAGAGGACGAGGAGGAGCUCGAGGCCGUCGCUCGCCCCGCCGACUCCGACGACGAGGACGCCGCCGAGGACAACUCCCGCGGCUCCGACGACGAGGCCGCGCCGGUCGAGAACGACGAUGACUUUGAAGAAGAGGAUGGAGGUAAUGAAAGCAAUGCUGAAGUGAGCAAACGCGAGAAGGCCAGGCUUAAACGCAUGGAACAAAUGAAGAAACAAAAGAUUCAGGAAAUAUUGGAUGCACAAAAUGCAGCUGUGGAUGCUGACAUGAACAAUCGAGGGAAGGGUCGGUUGCAAUAUCUUCUGCAGCAAACGGAGUUGUUUGCCCAUUUUGCCAAAGGUGACCCGUCUGCAUCCCUGAAGAAGGUGAAGGGAAGGGGGCGCCAUGCUUCAAAAAAGACUGAAGAGGAAGAGGAUGAAGAAUGCCUAAAAGAGGAAGAAGAUGGUUUAUCUGGGACCGGAACGACACGGCUAUUGACGCAACCUUCCUGUAUUCAGGGGAAGAUGAGGGAUUACCAACUUGCUGGAUUAAACUGGCUCAUACGCCUCUAUGAAAAUGGCAUAAAUGGAAUCCUUGCAGAUGAGAUGGGUCUUGGUAAAACUUUGCAAACCAUAUCCUUGUUGGGUUACCUGCAUGAAUUCAGAGGAAUAACCGGCCCUCAUAUGGUUGUGGCUCCAAAGUCAACCCUUGGAAACUGGAUGAAUGAGAUUCGGCGUUUCUGUCCCAUUUUGCGUGCUGUGAAGUUUCUUGGUAAUCCUGAUGAAAGAAAGCAUAUACGUGAGGACUUGCUGGUUGCUGGGAAGUUUGAUGUUUGUGUUACAAGUUUUGAAAUGGCCAUCAAAGAGAAGUCUUGCUUACGCCGUUUCAGCUGGCGAUAUAUAAUCAUUGAUGAAGCCCAUCGAAUCAAGAAUGAGAAUUCACUUCUUUCAAAAACAAUGAGGCUGUAUAAUACCAACUACCGUCUUCUAAUCACGGGCACACCGCUUCAGAAUAAUCUUCAUGAACUAUGGUCUCUGCUUAACUUUCUUCUGCCAGAGAUAUUUAGUUCUGCUGAAACUUUUGAUGAAUGGUUUCAAAUAUCUGGUGAAAAUGACCAGCAGGAGGUUGUUCAACAGCUUCACAAGGUCCUCCGGCCAUUCCUUCUCCGAAGGUUGAAGUCAGAUGUUGAGAAAGGUUUGCCUCCGAAAAAAGAAACAAUACUCAAAGUAGGCAUGUCACAAAUGCAGAAACAGUACUAUAAGGCUUUACUGCAGAAAGAUCUUGAAGUUGUUAAUGCUGGUGGAGAACGUAAGCGGCUUCUGAAUAUAGCUAUGCAGCUUCGUAAAUGCUGUAAUCAUCCAUAUCUUUUCCAAGGUGCUGAGCCUGGGCCUCCUUAUACAACUGGAGACCAUCUUAUCACAAAUGCUGGUAAAAUGGUGCUUUUGGACAAGUUACUUCCAAAGUUAAAAGAGCGUGAUUCUAGGGUCUUAAUAUUUUCACAGAUGACAAGGCUGCUAGAUAUUCUCGAAGAUUAUUUAAUGUUUAAAGGAUACCUUUAUUGUCGGAUUGAUGGAAAUACUGGUGGUGAAGACCGUGAUGCUUCCAUCGAUGCCUUCAAUAAGCCUGGAAGUGAGAAAUUUGUAUUCUUGCUAUCAACCAGAGCCGGAGGACUUGGUAUCAAUCUUGCUACUGCAGAUGUCGUUAUUCUUUAUGAUAGUGAUUGGAACCCUCAAGUUGAUUUGCAAGCACAAGAUCGUGCUCACAGGAUUGGUCAGAAGAAAGAAGUUCAAGUGUUCCGGUUCUGCACUGAGUAUACCAUUGAGGAAAAAGUGAUUGAGAGGGCUUAUAAAAAGCUUGCCCUUGAUGCUUUGGUGAUUCAACAAGGACGAUUAGCUGAGCAAAAAACUGUUAAUAAAGAUGAGCUACUUCAAAUGGUGAGGUUUGGUGCUGAAAUGGUUUUUAGUUCCAAGGAUAGCACAAUUACUGAUGAGGACAUUGAUAGAAUCAUCGCGAAAGGAGAAGAGGCAACUGCUGAGCUUGAUGCGAAGAUGAAGAAAUUUACUGAGGAUGCGAUUAAAUUUAAGAUGGACGAUACUGCUGAAUUGUAUGACUUUGAUGAUGAGAAGGAUGAGAAGUUUGACUUCAAGAAGAUUGUUAGUGAAAACUGGAUUGAACCACCAAAAAGAGAGCGGAAGCGCAAUUACUCAGAAUCAGAAUACUUUAAGCAAACAAUGCGCCAAGGUGCUCCAGCAAAACCCAAAGAGCCUCGAAUUCCACGCAUGCCUCAAUUACAUGAUUUUCAAUUUUUCAACACACAAAGGCUGAGUGAGCUGUAUGAAAAGGAAGUACGCUACCUCAUGCAAAAUCAUCAGAAGAAUCAGUUGAAGGACACGACUAUAGAAGUGGAUGAACCUGAAGAAGUUGGAGAUCCAUUGACUGCUGAAGAGCUGGAAGAAAAGGAACGUCUAUUAGAAGAGGGAUUCUCUUCUUGGAGUAGAAGAGAUUUCAAUACCUUCAUCAGGGCCUGUGAGAAGUAUGGGCGAAGUGACAUACAAAGCAUUGUUGCUGAGAUGGACGGGAAAACAGAGGAGGAAGUUGAAAGAUAUGCUAAGGUUUUCAAAGAGAGAUACAAGGAAUUAAAUGAUUAUGAUAGGAUCAUUAAGAACAUUGAAAGAGGAGAGGCUAGAAUCUCUCGUAAGGAUGAGAUAAUGAAAGCUAUUGGGAAGAAGUUGGAUCGUUACAAGAAUCCAUGGCUAGAACUGAAGAUCCUGUAUGGUCAGAACAAGGGAAAGUUGUACAAUGAAGAAUGUGACCGUUUCAUGAUAUGCAUGGUUCACAAGCUUGGGUAUGGAAACUGGGAUGAGUUGAAAGCAGCAUUUCGCACGUCACCUUUGUUUCGUUUUGAUUGGUUUGUGAAGUCGCGCACAACUCAGGAACUUGCUAGGAGGUGUGAUACAUUAAUUCGAUUGGUGGAGAAAGAGAACCAAGAAGUUGAUGAGAGGGAGAGACAAGCUCGCAAAGAGAAGAAGCUUGCUAAGAACAUGACACCAUCAAAGCGUGGCACGGGGAGGCAGCCAACUGAGAGCCCCUCUUCUUUGAAGAAGAGGAAGCAAUUAACUAUGGACGAUUAUGUUAGCACGGGAAAGAGGAGGAGAUGAUUCUAGACGUUGAAUUGAAGAAUAUUUUCAUUAUUUUGUAGUGGGGUUUGGAAACCUCAGAUAUGCUGUAUUUGAGAAGCAAUGAAGCAUGAUGCUAGAGUUAUUUCGUAGUGUUCCUUCCGAAUGGUUUUAGGAUAAUUGUCAGGGUUCAACAUUCACCCAUCAUCUAUCAGUGGAAGGCGUAACUGAAUUCAUAGCUGUAUAUUAGGAUUUGGUUAACCGUUUGUAUUAGUGACAAAUAUUUGAAGGGAUAAUGACUAUUUAUACAAUUUGAGUCUAAAAAUUGU